UGAAUUUGCUCACUUGCAAGUCCCACAAAUCAGGGGAACUGUUUAUUGUCAUUUUUUAAUGAACCAUGAUUAAUAAAUUGCAGAUCCACGAGGCCAUUUGGGUUCGGCAUUAUUAUUCCAACCCUCUCUCGCGUUCACUCUAGCUUCGGUGUUUCCCUCUGCGCCCUGAAACCUCCUUUUCAUUCUCUCUCUCUCUCUCUCUCUGGCUUUCGGAAUUUGCCGUCUAACCGGGAAACAUUAUUUUUCUCUCUCUACUUUUGGAAAUUGCCUUCAUUAGAGGGCCAUGAUUUGGGGCUCAUUUUCCAGGUAUUCUCAAGAGAGAACCCAUUUCUUCUCAAUCCAUAUGUAGUUUUUUCUUUCAGCUUUAAAGGUUUUCUUCGAUGUUAAGGCUGAAUUUGCUUCUGUUUAUUCUUCUAUCUGUAUCGUAUCUUUUGACCCUUUCGAAUCCCUUAGAAUUAGGUUUUUGCAUGGGCAUGCUUUGGGUCUGAUUCUCUCUCCCUAAACCUAGCAAUGGCUAAAGGCGGGUUUUCUAGAGGGAGGAACUUAGGGUUACUCACAUGGGGCGCUCUUUCUUUCUUAGUUCUCUGUCCAAAUUGGGUUUUGGCCAUGGCUCAAGAAGCCCAGCCCUCCAUGGCCAUCUCUCCAUCACCUUCUGAUGAACCAAUCGACGAAACCUGGUAUGGAAAUAUACAGUACCUUUUGAAUAUCUCAGCAAUUGGGGCUUGUUGUUGUGUCUCUCUGUUCUUAUUUGUGAAAUUAAGGAGUGACCAUAAGAUGCCUGGCCCUGCUGGUCUUCUUGCCAAGCUUCUCGCUGUUUGGCAUACGACAGGCCAGCAAAUUGCACGCCAUUGCGGUGCAAAUGCAGCUCAAUUUCUUCAUAUUGAAGGUGGUAGCUUUGUAGUCCUUCUGGUUAUUUCGGUUUUCUCCAUAGGCCUGAUCUUACCUCUGAACUUACAUUCGGGAAAAGUUGCGAUGAAUGAUCAGUUCUCAAAGACCACCAUAACCCAUAUCUCAAAAGGCUCGCCUCUUCUAUGGGUUCAUGUUCUAUUCGUAAUCAUAGUGGUUAGUGUUCUUCAUUUGGGGAUUACGAAAUUGGAGGAUCGAUUGAGAGCUACACGAUUUCUCGAUGGAAAUCUUGCUGUGAAUUCAAUCUCCGUUUUCACUCUUAUGAUUCAGGGGAUACCCAAAGGUCUAGCAGCUGAUCCAGCCCCCCUUGUCGAGUAUUUUCAACAAAAAUAUCCAGGAAAAAUUUACAGGGUUAUAGUUCCACAAAAUUUGUGUAUGUUCGAUGAGCUCGUAACUGAGCUUGUGAAGGUUAGGAAUGAUAUCUCAUGGUUACAGGCUCGUUUAGAUGCAGCUGUGCUCUCAGAAGAGAGAGAAAUUCUUUUGCGUUAUUAUGGAGAAGAUGGUACAGGUGCUGGUCUAAUGGGGUUAUCUUCUGAAAAUUUGGGUCAUAUAAGAAAUGGGUUUUUUGCUCGAAGUAUCUAUUUAUGGAAGGAAUCACUCAGAAAGGUGAAGGAAGUUUGGGCUUGGGUUCUUGUUCAAUUGGGUUUCACCGAAGAGGAAAGGCUUCGAAGAUUGGAAGCUUUUCAAGGAGAGUUAGAGAGAGAAUUGUCUCUCUACAAGGUGGGUCGAGCACAAGGAGCGGGCAUCGCAUUUGUGAUCUUCAAAGAUGUCUACACAGUUAACAAGGCAGUUCAAGAUUUCAAAUCAGAGAAAAAAAAGGGACCCAUUGGAAAAUUCUUCACUGUAAUGGAGUUACAGUUGGAGAGAAGUCGGUGGAAAGUGGAGAGGGCCCCUCCAGCUACUGACAUAUACUGGAACCACUUGGGAUCGAGCAAAAUUUCCCUAAAAAUAAGGAGAAUAGCUGUAAACACUUGCCUUCUUGUGUUACUCUUGUUUUGUAGCUCUCCUCUUGCAGUGAUCAGUGCAGUGAAGAGUGCAGGUCGUAUUAUAAAUGCAGAAGCCAUGGAUAAUGCAACUCUAUGGUUGGCUUGGAUUCAGAGCUCGAGCUGGGCUGCUUCAAUAAUUCUUCAAUUUUUGCCCAAUGUUUUGAUAUUCAUUAGCAUGUAUAUAGUCAUUCCAGCUGCUCUCUCUUCUCUCUCCAAGUUUGAGCGCCAUUUAACUUUAUCAGGGGAGCAGAGAGCUGCUCUUUUGAAGAUGGUUUGCUUCUUUCUUGUGAAUCUAAUCUUUCUUCGUGCUCUGGUCGAGUCAUCACUUGAGAGUGCUCUUCUUCGAAUGGGUCGGUGCUAUCUAGAUGGAGAGGACUGUAAAAGAAUUGAGCAAUAUAUGAGCGCCUCUUUCUUGUCAAGGUCUUGCCUCUCCUCUCUUGCAUUUCUUAUUACCAGCACUUUCUUGGGUAUAUCUUAUGACCUUCUCGCUCCAAUCCCUUGGAUAAAGAAAAAAUUGCAGAAAUUUCGAACGAAUGAUAUGCUUCAGUUGGUUCCCGAGCAAAUCGAAGAUUACCCGUUGGAUAACCAGGGUGAUGACUUGCAAAGGCCUUUAAUUUCUCAGAGGGAAUUUAGUAAUGGGGACCUCUCCCGAAUUCAGGGCAUAAAUCGGAUUGAUUUGCAGGGGCAAGAUCUUUCUGUAUAUCCCAUAACCAGGAACCCCCAUAUAGUGAAACACAAGUUCGAUUUUGCACAGUAUUAUGCCUUUAAUCUGACUAUAUUUGCUCUCACUAUGAUUUACUCUUCAUUUGCCCCAAUCGUGGUUCCAGUGGGAGCCUUUUACUUUGGGUACAGGUAUGUGGUGGACAAAUAUAACUUCUUGUUCGUGUACAGAGUUCGAGGGUUCCCUGCAGGCAAUGAUGGGAAGCUUAUGGAUAGUGUUCUCUGCAUCAUGCGGUUCUGUGUGGUGUUGUUUCUAUUGUCCAUGCUCCUAUACUUCUCAGUUCAAGGAGACUCUAUGAAGUUACAAGCUGUGUGCAUGUUUGGGCUUUUAUUGUUAUAUAAAUUGCUUCCUUCAAAAAAUGAUGGGUUUCAACCGGCACUGCUUGAAAGCUUGCAAAAUGUUGAUGGUGUUGUGGAUGGACCAAUGGAUUACGAGGUAUUUUCACAACCCAAGAUUGAUUGGGAUUUGUAUCAUAUAUGAUCCUUGAGUUUUUUUUAGCUAUUUUGUAAUACCAAAUAUUUGUAUAGCAUGAUUUUCUGCAACUCCACAUCGUCUUUUCAGUUUAUGGGUUUUGAAAAAAAAAAAAAAAAAAGUUAUCGGUGAUCUGGUGUUAAAAUUGCUAUGGUUUUACUUGCGUACCUGAUUGAAAGUGGUUAUCAAGCAGCCAAGCAAUUGUAAUUGCAUUUUCUUAAUUGUGAGGGUCUAUCCUAAUGGAAUAAGCAGGAUUGUGUAAUGAAGGCUCCACAUGUGAGCAUUGGUCCAGUCUAAUCAUGUAAACCGCUUGUUCUAAUCCCUAGGAAUGGUUCUGGUCUAGUGAUGUAAGGGGCUCGUUGUAAUCCCUAGGAUUGAUUUUUUUCCUUUAUUCGAAGAAUUUGAUGCUUUCCUGUUCAAA